CCGGCUCCCCUCCUCACACACAGCCCGGCCCCCGGCUCCAUCCCCAGCCCGGCUCCUCACACAGAGACUCAGCCUGGAUCCUGAACCGGCUCCAUGGGGACCAAGGACUUCAAACGGUUCAUGAACCACAGAGCCCCUGCAAACAGCCGCUAUAUACCGACUUGUUACGAACACGCUGCUAACUGCUACACACAUGCAUUCCUCAUUGUCCCAGCUAUCGUGGGAAGUGCCCUGCUGCACCGCAUGUCCAAUGACCGGUGGGAGAAGAUAACGGCUUGCAUUUAUGGCGUGGGCCUGUGCACCCUCUUUAUCGUGUCCACAGUAUUUCAUAUUGUUACCUGGAAGAAGAGUCACCUGAGAACAGUCGAACAUUGUUUCCACAUGUGUGACAGAAUGGUGAUCUACUUUUUCAUUGCAGCGUCCUAUGCACCGUGGUUGAACCUGCGUGAACUUGGUCCUUUAGCAUCUCAUAUGCGAUGGUUCAUCUGGUUAAUGGCAGCAGGAGGAACCGUUUAUGUAUUUUUAUAUCAUGAAAGGUAUAAGAUUGUUGAGCUCCUCUUCUAUUUAGCAAUGGGAUUUUCACCUGCUUUAGUAGUGACAUCAAUGAAUAACACCGACGGUUUACACGAACUUGCUUGGGGCGGACUCAUCUACUGCUUAGGAGUAGUGUUCUUCAAAAGUGAUGGCAUUAUCCCCUUCGCCCAUGCCAUUUGGCACCUGUUUGUGGCCCUGGCAGCUGCUGUGCAUUAUUACGCCAUUUGGAAGUAUCUGUACAAGAGUCCGUCUGCCGAUAUGAUUCGUCACCUAUGACGACCUUAUAGCAAACUUUUGUCAGUAUUACUUGACUCUUAAAUAUGUGGUAAGACGAGGGAGAGAUUUUAAGAUGCACACAAAGCACUGACUUAACUUGUUCUUUACGAACAACUGUGAACACACUGUGUAUCUUCUAAAAAAAUAUAUAUAUUAUUUUCUUUCCUCAUUGUAACCGCUGAAAUUACGGUAUGCCCAUUCCACCAUUGCUGCUGUGGCCACUGAAUUUAUUCUAGAGUUUGCUAGAGCCUAUUUUUUUUUGUCUUCAGAUUUUUGGCACGGCACACUCUGGAAAAAGCAGCAGCUGGCUUAUCUAAUGUUUACAAAGCAAAGAGAUUUGUAUCUAAAAAAUUUCUUAAAAUCCUAUACUUUUGAAACGAAAAGAUGUAUUUCUUUAUGAAUUUUAACGAUCGUAUUUUCUCAAACUUGACAUGUCAACAGUUAAGAAAAAAAGGGAGUUUUCUUCCCUCAGUUUAUAUAAGCACUUAUAUAUGAAUUUGCAUAUAUAUAUACACAUACAAAUGCAAACCUUCGUAACUAUACAUUCCAAAGCUACACAUUCAAGUACGAGUGUAAUAACACAAAUUUGCCUCCCAUGACUCAUGGGGAGAAAAAAAAAUACCCGUGCUGAGAUUAAUUAAUGCUGUGAAUUUUCAGUGCCAUUAGUGUGGCUCACAUUGCUUGAUUUAAUUAAUUUCAGGCAUCGAAAAACGAUAGAGGGGCUGCCAAGGCCCAAAAAGUUCUGUUUAAAAAAAAAAAAAAAAAGAAAACGCACCCCAAAAACAGAUUAAAUGCCCAUGAACUGGCAUUCCGGAGAUAUGUCUGUGUAAGGAUUUUUAACUCUACCUUGAGGUAGUCUCCUUUCUCCUUGCCGGGGACAGAGGUCGACAAACGUCUGUUGGGGUAUUCGACCAGACCUCCUGUAUGGAUUUAAAUUCCUCACCUUUUUUUUGAGGGCUGGCGUUGCAGCUGACGUGACCAGUAUUAGUUGAGGAGUACUGUCUGCGAUUAGAUCAUGUGAAUUAUGUAAAAAGUAUUUAUAAAGUAAAUAAUGUGGUGCUGGUAUUGUGUAAUUGAGGGUUUAUUUUUGUCAUCAUGGUGUUCUUGCAGAACUGUGGACGCACAAAUCAUAGAACUGAUGUGACCAUAGAAUAAAAACUGAUUUCAAAACCUAAAAGUAUUGUUAAUGUAUUUAACGUAUCUGUUACCUCUUUAAUUGUAAGAGGGCAGUUGGAACGCGUUAAGGAUUAACCGGACAAUGCAGCAUUAUGGCGGAAAGUGAAGCAAUUCGGUCUGCGUUUGCAGAUCCAAAUAUCUUUCACUAGUGUCUUACUGAGAUAACGGUUUGACUUUUAUUUUUGUUUUGUUUUCAAAACAUGAUGCCUUUUUUCUAACCCAUUUCCCAUAGACGUAAUUUAUUUGUACGCCGUUCUCCUGACCCCAGGACUGUGAUAUUUUUACAGGCUGUGCUUGGUGUUUUUGUCUGCAGCUUUUGAUCAGAGACUGUUCCUAAUCCCACUUUGUGAAGACGCCCCUGAUAGUCUGAUAUUGGACGUGACAUACCUCAGUUUAAACAUGCUCUGUCCGUUUUGUAUCAUACCCACCGCCCUUCCUCUUUGUGUUAUUUCAUUCAAAGCCAAGCAGCAGUUUUACUCUUUUUCGGUCUGCAGGCCGGUAAUCAGCUGGCUGAGUGCUGAACCAUACUGGAGUAAUAGCUUGCUAGAAUAAGGUGUUUAUUGCAGGUAAAGCUAACUUUAUCCACCUUGGUGAUUUGAAUCAUUCUUCUGGUUAAACCUGUUACCUUUUAUGAUUUCAGAUAAAAGGCCUGUUAGAUCAGCCGUCAUUUACCUUGACCUGCUCAUUCUCUGGACUGAAUUCUUUUACAGUCACUCUUCCCAAAAAACAGUAUGUAGGACAUCACAACUGUGAAUGUUUUCUAUAUGUAAGCUGGGCUUUGCAGUCUGUAUCUAGGUUAACUAAUUUCCUGCACUGGGAUGGACACUGUGGGUAUCCACCCUAUGGUUUUGCACUCUUCCAUCAUUGCUUGGUUAUUGCCAACAUCUUUGGAUAUUUAUUGGGGCCAGCAGACCUAAAAUCAGUUUUAUUUAAAUCUGUAUUUCCUGUGAAUAAAAUGUGUACUUUCUCAUCCAUUCCUUUUGCUAGCCUCAUGUGAAAAGAAUGGGCAUUUUAUUUAUUUGUCAUCAGUUUUGAGCGGUUGAAGAGUCUCUGAACACAGAAAGUGAAAUUCCGUGUUCCAAAUCCGUUUCUGGUAAUGGGAGAUUCAUUUUUGUCCUGAUAAAUCUGAGAAUUAUUCUUGGAGACGUAUACUUCAGAGGAAUACAGAUUGUCACAUGUUUUAGGGCUUAAACGCCCUGUUUACAUCCCAGCUGAGAAUAAACUUUAACAUAUCACAAGGCAGAGAUGUGACCAUUUUAGGCAUUCUUCUGUUUUGGCCAUCUUUUUAAUAGGAACAUACCACAGAAACCGUUACUUUCUAUCCCAUUUCUACCUCUUGUUAUAUAACUGCAUAAUGCCCAGUUUUGAAAAGGUGCCAUUUUUUUUUUGUUUUUUAGUUUACAUCCUCGUUAAUUUGUAUUACUAUCCCCAGUUUGUGGAGGCCCAUUAGGACUCGGAUGGCUCUCAUACUGCCAGACCCAAGAGAGACUGAGUAUGAGUUAUAGUAACAUCGAGAGAGUUUCUCAAAUGGACAUGGAUAUAAAAGGCUUCUUUCUGGGACUCGGGAAGGUGCUUUGAAAAUCUCACACCAAGGGAUCAGAGGUCAGUGUUUUCAGACAGAUACUGACAAAUUUGGUACCAUAAUACAGUAAAAGGUAUUGUAGAAUAGGGUUGUGAGCAGUAAUUUGCUAAACUCAUCAUGUAUAUGACAUAAACCGUAGGGGUUUGUUCUCUAAACUGUGAUGUGUCCUGGCAACAGAGUAAGAAGUGUUUUUUUACCAAUGGCUGAGAUUGAUAUUUUUCUAUAGUCUAUUGCAGCCUAAAUUUUACACCUCUGUAAUCGGGUCUCCUGAAAAUGCCUGCCUAGUGACUAAACCAUUGGUUUUCAUAUAGACUGAAGUAUUAAUCCCCAAACUACACUAAAGUUCUUAUUGUAUUAAUGCAUUGACACUUUUUUUUUUUUUAAACCUGUUUUUGCUUUGACGUGUUUAAUGCAGUGACUGUCAGUGACGAGGUCUGCCAUGGUGGGACCUUUCACAAAUCUUUUUGUAUGAAGUGAAGGUAUUUCUUAAGGACGUAAAUCGUGCAUUUCUAGCUGAUAUUUUGUACACUUCUCAUUCUCUGUGAUCCACUUUUGUACAAGUUCACAAUAUAUUGUUUUAAACCACUUAACAUGUAGCCGCUCACUGUAUUCGUGUCUCACGCUUCAAGUAUGUGUCUCUUUCUCAAAGUAUUAACUGAAAUUGUUUAAAACUUUUUACUUUUUCUGUAAACAUUUUAUGUCCUACAUACAUUUGAGUGUACAAAUAAAAAUUCAAUAUAAA